AUGGACGACGGUUUUCGGCAACCUGCCAAACUUCAAAAACGCAAGAGUCGAGAACGACAGGAACUUGAGCAGAUGACCGGCGGCUUGAGUGGCCAACCAACAGCCAAUUCAUCGCAACCUAUUUCCAGCUUCGCAAACAUGACGCCCGCUGAAAAAGAAAAGCGGUCAAAAUGGCGCAUGUCCAAUCCAUUCUCAUCCAAGGAUAAGACAUCAAAAGAAAGCAUCAGCCAACCUCCAAAGGAUGCGGAAAAGGAAAAGUCUCGUAAAGAUAUCGACUCUGCUUACUACAGCAGCGAACGCAGCAGCGCCGACCCAAGCCUAGUAAACCAAACGCGUCCGAUUUCUGGCGAGCAAUUUCAGCGCCAAUCAUCGAACAAUCAAGCACCUCUACCGCAUACCCCGUCGCCCAAUGGACAUAUACAAGAUAGUCUUGCGCCACCUCCGCAAACGAUCCAGCAUCGUUCAAGCCACGAGGAUGUAGCUAGAGAGACAUACCGCCAGGCUGGUACGGGGAACAUAGUCACAGUGACAACUACCACGACGACUACGACCACCACAACGACUGGCCCAGGAGGUUCUACCACAGUAAUGCAACCUCAUGACGGCAGUAACGGGGGCCCACAAAGUGUACACACCUCCGGUCCUAGUCCACCACAACCAGCUCCGCCUCAACCUGAUAAUCACCACCCCCAAGGCCCAGGUCUGUCUGCUCAAUCUGGCAUACACCAUGACCUGACUCCCCCGAUACCCGAAAACGGCACUCCGCAAGGAAAUAGACUCUCUCCUCAAGUUUCUCAAAUCGGUAGAGACUCGUCUCCGCCAAUCCCAGCGAAAAACAACAUACGGCAUAGGGUGGAGCUGGACUCAGUCUCACCAGGGGUACAACGCCCAGAUCCCAUGGACGAAACUGCUAGCCCAGUCUCUCCAAGCAGUCCUUCACGCGCAAAUUUCUCUUACCCAGCUCGGGCACCACCUCAAGGUACUCCUCGGCAGUCUCUCGGAAAUAACAUACCGCCCGUACCACCAAUGCCAGAGCACCAACAUGCUAUGAUGCCACCAUUCGUCCCAACCCAGCAACUACCUGACUUCCACCCUGGCCUGGACUCAAACGACGCGAACCGCCCGGUACCCUACCGAUCAGGCCACGAACUACCCAAGCAAAGCACAAUGGCCAAUCUCAAAGCUGCAGCCGCCGGCAUCCAUGGCGCAGGAGAAACCCUCCGAGGUACAUUCAACGACACGUUCGACCGCCGCAAUCCCACCGCCCACGCAAAAAACCAAGCCGUCAUCGAAAAAGGGCGCUCAGAAAUCGAAGCUGCGCGCGCGAGGCAGUAUGCAAGUCAGGCGCAACAAUACCAACACCAGCAACAACAAGCUUCUGCAAGUGGAGACGCAGCACCUCAUACGCCUCAGCCAGCCGAGGCCAAGACUCCGUAUACGGGGCCGCCGGUAUCCGGCUCCCAGAUUGAAGGCAGAAGUGGACAUGGCAGGGCCAAGUUGAGUAAUAUCAUGAAGAAGAUGAAGGAAGGACCUACGCCGUCCAAGGAGGGAACUGCGGGGCAUUCUUAG